UUCAUUAAACUCCUUCAUUCCCCUAAUUUUAUUUUUCUUCGCGCUGCGCUGCUUGUACUUUCGCCAUCUGUCCACUGCACGAACCAAGCGUAUAUAUCCCGCAGCUCUCUCUCUCUCUCUCUCACUCUACCGGUAAUGAUGUGGAAGAAGAAGCUUCACCACUCAACGCGAGUCUCAGCAAUUGUUUCUCGCGCAAUUACUUCAAAAGAUUUCGGCUCUUCUGUUUCCAUCUCUGCUCUUCACGAUUCUGCGAUUUUCAGUUCUCGCUCCUUAUUUUCUUCUCUCUCCUCCCUCUCUCUCAGCCGCCUCGAACAAAGACCUUUUCCCUCGGCCCGAAGUCUACUUUUCUCAAACCUAAGUAGUAUUCUUGCGAGAGAAAAUGCAGUUUCAUUUGUAAAGGUUGACAACUCUUUCUCCUCGCUCUCGGAGUCCGCGGCCAAACUUCACUGCUGGAACUGCGGCGCGGAGGCCGCCGAUGCGACGUCGUUCCUCUUCUGCCAAGCCUGUCGCAGCGUCCAAGCGGUCAAUGAAUCCAUCGAUUAUUUCCAAAUUUUCGGGCUAGGAAGGAAAUACAGUAUUGAGGUUGGAGAAUUAGAGAAGAAGUACAAAGAUUGGCAAAAGAAGCUUCAUCCAGAUCUUGUUCAUUCGAAAACGCAGAGAGAGAGGGAGUAUGCGGCUGAGCAGUCUGCUCGGGUUAUAGAUGCAUAUCGCACGCUUGCUGACCCACUGUCGAGGGCAAUCUACAUUAUGAAGUUGGAAGGCAUGCCAGUUGAUGAAGAAGAAAGGAUUACUGAUCCAGAGCUACUUGCAGAGAUCAUGGAAUUGAGGGAGGCAGUCGACGAAGCAGAAGAUGCUCAUGCAUUGAAUCAAAUACAGGCUCAGUUGCAAGAAAAAUUGAGAGAUUGGUCCAACUCAUUUGAAGAGGCAUAUAUGAGGAAAAACUUUGAAGAUGGUCUGGCUUCAAUUCGCCGAAUGACUUACUACAAACGUGCCAAUGAAGAAAUUGUGAAGAAGCUUUAAUUCAUGGACACUAUGCUCCCUACGAUGGUGUUUAUUGCCAUUUCUAUUUAUUCUUUAGGGCUCGUUUGGUUUUCAGUAAAGGAUUAUGUAGGAUAAUUUGUAAUCAGGAUAUUUAGCAUGGAUAAUGACAGAUUAUUAAUACCGAGUUGGUGUUUGCUAUCAUGGCUAAA